GGGACAAAAUAUAUAACCUAAUGGUAUUCUACAAAUUACGAAGUUUUUUUGAGUGUGAAACUAAUUAAAUUGCGAAAUGUUAAAGGCAAAAAUUACUCGAUUGUCUGUCAGCGAUGUUAGAUUCCCUACUUCGUUGGAGCAACAUGGUUCGGAUGCAAUGCACACAGACCCAGAUUACUCUGUUGCCUAUGUUGUAGUCGAAACAGACGGCGGAUUGAAGGGAUACGGUCUAACGUUUACUUUGGGAAAGGGCACAGAAAUCGUUGUCUGUGCUGUGGAGGCCCUCUCUGCGUUUGUAGUGGGGACAUGUCUGGAGGAGAUCGUCAGUGACUUCAGGGCCUUCUACAGGCUCCUUACCAGCGAUGGGCAGAUGAGAUGGAUCGGGCCAGAGAAGGGGGUCAUCCAGCUGGCCACCGCCGCCGUGCUCAACGCGGUCUGGGACCUUUGGGCUCGGGCAGAGGGGAAGCCACUUUGGAAGCUGCUAGUUGACAUGGAUGCCAAAAAACUCAUAUCGUGCAUCGACUUCAGAUAUAUCACUGACGCUCUCACAGAACAGGAGGCCUUGGAUAUACUGCUGAAAGGUCAAGAAGGGAGACGUCAAAGAGAGGAGCAGAUGCUGAAGGAGGGGUACCCAGCAUACACCACUUCCUGUGCCUGGAUAGGAUACUCAGACCAGCAGCUCAAAAAGCUUUGCACUGAGGCACUGAGAGAUGGAUGGACAAGGUUCAAAGUGAAGGUGGGGGAGGACCUUCAGGAUGACGUGCGGAGGUGCGCUCUCAUCAGGCAGAUAAUCGGACCCAGCAGCACUCUGAUGAUCGAUGCUAACCAGAGGUGGGAUGUGGGGGAGGCCGUAACCUGGGUGACCAGGCUGGCGGAGUUCAAGCCGCUGUGGAUCGAGGAGCCCACGUCCCCCGACGACAUCCUGGGCCACGCCACCAUCUCCAAGGCCCUGGCUCCUCUUGGCAUCGGAGUGGCCACUGGAGAACAGUGUCAUAACAGGGUGAUGUUCAAGCAGUUUCUCCAGGCCUCCGCUCUGCAGUUUGUCCAGAUUGACAGCUGCAGGCUGGGCAGCGUCAACGAGAACCUGGCCGUCCUGCUCAUGGCCUGCAAGUUCCAGGUGCCCGUAUGCCCCCAUGCAGGGGGUGUGGGUCUCUGUGAGCUGGUGCAGCACCUGAUACUCUUUGACUACAUCUGUGUGUCUGCAAGUCUCCACAACCGGAUGUGCGAGUACGUGGAUCAUCUCCAUGAGCACUUUAAAAGUCCAGUUGUGAUUCAGGAUGCCCACUACAUGCCACCUAAGGACCCAGGGUACUCCACAGAGAUGCUGGAGGAAUCGGUGAAGCGGUACCAGUAUCCCCAGGGGGAGGUGUGGCAGAGCCUCUGACCAAGAGCCCAGCCAUCCAGGACACUUCUCAGCACUUAAUUAAAAUGAGUGAUUCAGUGAUAGCCAGGAAUUCUGAUCGAGUGCAUUGAUAUGAAAAGGGCAAGUAAAGGGCAUUUGCUGCUGCUGCUGCUAUGUAGGUUGAAUUUUAGAUGGAACUUAAUUGCAGAAAGUUUUAAGUGAUGCUUCACAUUUUCAAACAAUGUUUUUCUAAGGUUUGAUCUAAGAAAGGUGAAGUGCUUGAUUUUCUUCUGUAGUAAUUGCACAAUAUUACACAAACAAAUUAACAAUUUACAAACAAUACUUAUAGUAAUAAACAUUUCUUCCUAGGUUUUACUUAUGGAUACCUAAAAAGCAAACAAAUGUGGCAUGUAUGCACACAGCCCAUUCAUAUUCCUGGAUAUGCUUAAACUGCCAUUUGCAUUUUAAUAGUGGGAUGAGGAUUGUAGUCGCAUAUUUCAAAAUCUUCAGCCCGGAAAUCAUCAAUGCUCUCCACAGUGCGUAGGAUCUUCAGCUUGGGAAAGGGCCGGGGCUCCCUCUGGAGCUGAAAGGAUAUUUGAAAUUAAAUGAAAGACCCGACACUGCACCACAACAGUGAUCUAGCACACUGCACCUCAACAUCAAUCUGACUCACUGCACCUAAUCAGCAUUCUAACACACUGCACCACAAUAUCAAUCUCGCACACUGCACCACAACAUCUGACACACUCACCAAGUUUAUUAUUAUUAUUUUGACAUUAUUUUGGACAAACUAUGUGAGCAAAACUUAAACUUAUACAAUAUAGAGGGGGAAAUUGCAAUCAUGGACCUGUGGUUUUGGCCUGCAAUGUUUACACUAAAAAUAUUUGCCCUCAU